CCAUCCCACACCACCCCCCAAAACAGGUUCAACAACCAUGGCACUCUUAUCCACACGUAUCAACCUUCUCCCCACCUCCCGUACAUUAGCAAGUGGGGUACCUCAUGCUCCCAAAUUAUUACUCAGGAUGCCUCCUCAGAACCAUGGACACGAUCAUGGUCCUGGACCGAGGAGCGACCAACCUGCCCUGUGGGCUGGAAGGUCAAGUGGGGUUUCGAAUGUUACUCGGGUCAAUGCCCUCCCAAAUGGAAUAUUCAUAAAACGGUUCCUCUCCACUUCUUCCAAAUCACUAGCAGAACAUCCAGAUACAACUUCCAUCCCAGAUUUUUCACCUUACAGAGCUUCAUCCCCCGAGUCCAACAAGACUUUGUCGUACUUCAUGGUGGGAUCUUUGGGUGUGUUGGCUGCUAGUGGAGCAAAGAGUACCGUCACGGAUUUGUUGAGUAACUUGUCGGCAAGUGCAGAUGUUUUGGCUUUGGCCAAGAUUGAAGUUGAGAUGGGAGCUAUUCCAGAGGGCAAAAACCUCAUCGUCAAAUGGCGUGGGAAACCCGUGUUCAUCAGACACCGCACCGAUGAUGAAGUUGAGGAAGCCCGUGCGGUUGAUAUUAAAACGUUGCGUGAUCCUCAAAAAGAUGAAGAUAGGACUCAACGUCCAGAAUGGCUCGUCAUGCUCGGCGUUUGUACCCAUCUCGGUUGUGUGCCUAUCGGAGAAGCGGGUGAUUAUGGUGGUUGGUUCUGUCCCUGCCACGGUUCGCAUUAUGAUAUUUCCGGACGAAUCAGGAGAGGUCCUGCUCCUCUCAAUUUGGAGAUCCCCCAGUACGCGUUCAACGAUGACGAGGAGAAGAUUAUUGUUGGAUAGUGGUUUAUAGAGAUGCAUGUGAUGGUC